AUGUACACAUCCUACGAGAUCGUCUGCCGCACCAACAUCCCAGCCUUCAAACUCAAACACUCUGUCGUGCGCCGCCGUUACUCUGACUUUGAAUAUUUCCGCGACAUUCUCGAGCGCGAGUCAUCGCGCGUGACCAUUCCACCAUUGCCGGGGAAGGUUUUCACGAAUCGGUUUAGUGAUGAUGUAAUUGAGCAUCGGCGCGAGGGCUUGCAGCGGUUUUUGCAGAUUGUGGCAGGUCAUCCGCUGUUGCAGACGGGGAGUAAGGUGCUUGCUAGUUUUGUUCAAGAUCCAAACUGGGAUAGGAACGCAUGGUGA